CUGCGGAUGUAUAUUCCUCACUAAGUGGUGCGUCAGGUGUAAACAAUCAGCCGGUGCGAGCAUGGAGUAACUAUGCGAAUAAGUGCCCAGGUGAUACGCUCCCGGGCUAAGGGUGCGCCACAGACCCUUCAGUAUUUGGACUUGUCAAACUUGGAACUUGUGGCUAUUGAAAAGAUAGACCAUUGUGCUAAACUGCACACUCUAAUAUUACAAGGCAACAACAUUGACACUGUGAGUAAUUUGUCUAACUGUCAGCAGCUAUGGAAAUUAGACCUUAGUAAUAACCAGAUCAGAAAUCUUGAGGGACUGGACCGUUUUAUAGCUCUGGGUACUGUGGUGCUGACCAAUAAUAACUUGACCUGGGCUGAGCUGGGAAAGCUGCAACAUAUACACAUUAUAGAUCUCAGCUUACAGGGAAACCCACAGCUAGAGAAGGACCCUUAUUAUCGCAUUCAUGUGAUAGAUUGUUUGCCUAAUGUAUGGAUGCUAGAUGGGAGAAUCAUUACAUCUGCUGAGCGUCUGCAGGUGCAGCAUUUUUUCCAAGACUCUGCUCUCACAGAUCACCCUGUGAGACACAAAUUAGGAAGUCGGCAGUUUGUGCCCUCCUCUCAUAAAAAGAUUCAAAUCAAUGGAAUAUAUGGAGAAAAGACGGUGGAAUUGUUCAGAAGAUUUCCAGUUGAUGGUGCUAUUAAUGUUGACACUGACAAAAAGAGGCUCAAGUAUAUAGCUUACAAUCUGCAGGAAGAUAUGAUCUUAGAAAGUAGAUGUUGUGGCAAAAAAUACAAAAUCCUCAAUUAUGACCAGAACUUUCUUGAAGAGUUGCUGGAAGAACGUGCCAAAGACAGGGAGAGGGGAAACAUGUUCCUGUUGCUCUUGGUGGCCACCUUAGAGUUUGCCAUGCCAACACAAUUAAUCAAAGAAACACUUGAUGUGGCCAAACUGAGUGAAAUUGGGAAGAUAAAAAGUCUAGACCUUUUUCUUCUUCCCAGAGAAGUAAGGUGCUCAGUGGUUUCACUUUUGCUCAGUGCAGUCAAGGUGGACAAGGAUGAAAAAGAGGCUGCUUUUCCACAAUGGCAAUGCAAGGAUGGAGGUUUGUACGACCGUCUCUACCUGUGUCUGUACUACACUGUAUCAGAAUUAGCCAGACUGGGGAGAUCUAGAGGUUCCUCCUCUGCAUCUGCUGCCAAGUCAAGUGAUAUGUACAAAGACUACAGGUGUCUCCUGGCCUCAGAGGUUGUCCAACUAUUAUGUAUUGUGCCUGCUUUCUUUGAUUUCCUGGACAAAGACGUUGGUGUUAUGAAUCUUGUCGCCACAGCAACAGGGGACUACCAUAUCUGUGAUAAAGUGACAGACUUAGCUGAGUCGGUGAGGCAGAGAGGGGGUAACCUAAAAGCCAUAUACGAGCAUGCUGCUGAUUUUGUUCUCAAUGCUGUGCAGGAAAACACCCUGAAUCUAGCAAAUAAAGGUUUUAGGAAGAAGAAAGUGGACCAUGUUUUAACAUCAAAGCCUGCUUACCCCAAGAGGCCCCAGUCCUCCCCCUUAGUAGCCUCAGAGUACCACAUGAGGGGGCGGUCCACUCCCAUGAGGCAGUACAGGAUACAGAGCAGCAAACCUGCAAGGCAAACAGAGAAGAAACCCAAACUUGGUGAAAGAAUUCUUCUGGGACCCCAGAAUGUGGCGCGUGUCAUGUCUAUUCCACAGACUGAUAUAGCUCUGGUACAGAUGGAUGUAGUAGCAGGCCCCCACUGGAAAGAGAGUGAGAAAACCCCAGCAGAUAUGGUCACUUUCACCAGAGAUACCAUGGUUGCCACAGGGGCCAUGGUAAGUGGCAGGACCGAUGCUGAAUCUCACUUUUCCUACAUUGACAUGACUCAGUUAAUUUGGGAUGAUGGUGGGAGAUUUUGGAGGCCCAGGGGCACAGUGGGAGACAGAAUCACCAUUCAAAGUAUCAGAGACCGUAACCUUGAAGCCACCCACCCCAACACCCCAAGAAGAUCUGGGUCCCCUGUGUCCCCACCCACCUCCCCCAGCCCCAUGAGGGUGACAUCUGCUAGGUCAAGGUCAACAAGUGAACCACAGGAGGUCCUAGUGCAGAAUCUCAAAUCCUCUCCCACCGCAAACAGGCCCAUGUCAGCAGUGUUACGGGAAAAAUAUAACUUGAAAUUGGAAAUUGAUGAGCACACAAUCAAAAACUCCAGGUUACUGAGUGGGAAAACAAAAUCUGGAAAGUCCAGAGAAAGUUUAUUUGAGGAUCCAUCUGCAGACAGCAGUUUGCUGUUUGACCAGGUCCGUGAUGCCAUGGACAAUGUAGCCAAAACUGUUCACCUCACUGCCUACCAGACAUUAUCUAAAGGGCCAGAUUUCUCUGGCCAGGGCUCCAUAUCCAGCAGGAGCAACAGCAGCACCAUGACAGACAACAAAAUAGUACAACAGAUAUCUCAGGUAAACAUUGGUCCUGAUGACAGCCAUGAUGGUAUAGGUAACCAUGGUGAUGUAACUGGAGAUGGUAGAGGAGUCACUGAUGGAGCGGAGUUUCAAGAUGCAAGGAAUGUUAAGGUGGUGACUGCUGUAUCAACAGCAGAUGAUGAUAAUAGUUCCAUCUCAGCAGUGCAUGCUGCCAAUACAGAGGACGGGGGAAGCGAUGGUGGUAGUGGUGGUGGAUCUUCUCCAAGACAGCCCGCACCCCAGGAUAAUGAGAAACCUAAAGUGUUACCUCCACCUAUUUCAAUACCCUCCAUCCCCAUAGCAAGGAAGGAGUCUGUGACCAGUGUUGGUGCUGGUAGUGAGGUGGCAGAGCCCUCGGCCAGUGCAGUUUCUCUUGAGAGAGAAAUGGUUCCUCAAGCUGUGUACAAGGUCUCUACUCCAGAAUCUUUUGCUAAACCCACUCCAAGAGGAAAGCAAGGCACACCAAGCAGGCAAUCAGCUGCAGUUGGCCGUCGUCCCUUUAGUGCAGUGGAUGCGUACAAGUUCAUAGUGGCUCACCCCAUUAAUGACGAGUUUAACACCAACUAUCAGAAUCUGAGGACAGAGGCCUGGAAGAGAAGCACUGGGGCAAAUACACCCAAAAACUUAAGCCGUCCCUCUACCCCCCGCCGUCCCAGCAGCCCCCCUCCCCAGCGCCCCACCUCCCCCUCUGCAAGCAAGGAUGACAAGAGACCACUGAAUGUCCAGAGGGGCAACAGCUGGCUGGCUGGAGGCAAGGACCUGUACUGGGAGGACUAUAUGAACAAACCUAACACCAUCCAUGUCCCAGGGUGGAAGGAAGAACUGCUCAACAAACGUCCACACUCUGCUGCUGCUACUAGAGCAUUCAGGAGAGCCAAACCUCCCAGUAUUCUCACCCCGUCCUCCAUGUUGUUUGACAGAGUCAACAGCCGUACCCCCCGCCGUACUAUCCCAGACUUCCAAGCCUCCAGAGGGUGGACCACAACGUACGGAAGCAGUGGCGGAGCAAGGGAAGUAGAUCAUGCUCGUCUUUGUUCUACCUGCCUUGACAAGCACCUCCCAAGUUGUCCAAGUAAAAGCUCAUACGAGAGACAGGUACAGUUUCUAAGCUCAAAAAAUGGAGAGCACAUUCCACGACAUCAAGAAAGUCAAAAAGAUGCAGAUGACAUGGAGGUGGAUAUUAGAAUUCCGAGCAGUUUGUUAGAAUUUGCUCCCUCAUGAAAACUGUUUUUUUUUCUUUAUGACAUUGGGGAUGAAUUUUUGGCAUGGAGUUUUCCAUGAAAAUAUCUUUCAAACGUGUCAUUAUCCAUUUACUAAUUCAUUCAUAACGCCUUAUCUAAGUGUUUUCCAGAGCAUUAUAAAGAUUGCCCAGACAACUCUUGUAUUCAAUUUCAUCUUUGUUCUAGUAAUUAUGGUUAUCUGGCUCAAAAUUUGCUCUAUUUGAUGCCCAUCUUGAAGGUAUCAUGGUAAUGUGCUACUUGUUAUGUUUGAAGUUUUAUGAAGAAAAUGGCCUGUGGCCAUUUCUGAUACCUUCUGUAUGAAAUAUGAAAGUUUAUCCUUUGUGUAUGAUUGACAUCAUAGCUCAGAAAUUUUGUAUGAAUCAUGUUUGAUAUGCAGUAGCAGAUGUGAUAAUGUAUAGCUGUUUGUUUAUGUAUAGCUAUUUUAAACAGGCAUAGGUUGUGAUAUAAGUCAAAUAAGUUAAACAUUUUAUUACCAUAGCUUGUCUGUGUUAACUUGUAAACAAUGCCAUAAACAGCUGUCUCAAAGUGAUAGUGCCAAAUAUGCUCAAAUGAAAAUAAGUAACAGUAGGUGAGGGACACUAAGAUAUAUAAAAUACUUAUUGAUAAAUGAAUCAAUAUUUUGAUGUAAGAAAUCACAAAUAAAAAGGAAAAAAAGACCGAAGUGGUCAAGUAUUUUGAAACGAAUUUCAUGAAAUGGCUAUAAAUAUCGUAUCUAGCUAUAUCUAGCGCUUGAAUUUUAAAAGGCAAUCUUGCGAAACAAAAAAAAAAAAAAA